CCCGGCCGUGCGCUGCCACCAGGCUGCCGGGACACCGGCCUGACCCUAACGUCCGGGUGUGUGCGGCCGCCGGCGGGGGCCCGCGGGAUCGCUCGGGGGUCUGCAGCUUGAAGUCCAUGGCCCAAAAUGACGCUGCCAGUGGAGACUCUCUUCUUUGAAGAAGACCACCAGCUCGGAGGCUGGGAUGAGCAUGCCACUGCGCCCGUUCUCGGCCGUCCCCCAAGAUGUUGCCUCUGCUCGCAUCUGCAGAAGUAAGGCCAAAGACAAGGAGAGGGAUGAACCGCAUGAGAAGACUUUGGGACAUUCCAUGAGUCACUCAAGCAACAUUUCUAAGGCUGUGAGUCCUCCCUCGGCCUCGGCUCCAGUCUCCACCUUCUCUCGCACCUCUGUCACGCCAUCCACCCAGGACAUCUGCAGUUCCAGUGCAGUGUUUUCUGAGUGUUGUCACCACAGUCCCGUGCAGUCUGCUGUUGUCUUGAAAGCUCCUCCAUGCCAGAGUGCUCUCACCCAAGGGCUCACUGUGACAGUUAUCUGUAAAGACGCAGGACAGGCGCCGAAGCGAAACCCCUUUGGUUCGGAAUGGGUCCAGGCCUUGAAGCCUGCUAAGAACAGCAGAGCCAGACGAGCCCUGAAGUUCUCCAAGUCCCUGAACGAUGUCGGGGAGAAGGCCCAGGACGCGCUGGGGAGCUUUGGCUACGUGGAGAGGACAUGCUCCGAAGGCAAGCUGCCGCUCCCUCAAGACCCCUGUCUCCGGGUGAGCAGGUUCCACCUCAAGGACAAGCGAUCGCCCAGCCGCAGGCCUCGUGGCACCUCCAGGCGCUCUUGCCUUUCGUCCCUUUCGGCCUCUGAGGGGGACACCGGCAAGGGGGGCAUGCGCGCCCCGCUCCUGGAGCUACAGGCCGAUGGCCAGGCCGCGCCCCGCAGCCGCCGGCUGCUCCACUACCUGCUGUCACUGUCCCGUGGCUCCAGCGCCAGCAGCCUGCACAGGUUCCAGGAGCUGGAGAGUGGCGUGGCUCAGCCCCGCGCCACCAAGUCCUCCAGCGGGCUGGCCGGGAGCGCGGGCUUCUGCUCCGACGAAAUGGGGGACGAUGACGUCUUUGAGGACAGCGCAUCCGCCAAGCUGAGGGGCGGUGCCCCGCGGGCGCCCCUGUGCUCCGUGGAAAAGGACAGUGACCUGGACUGUCCUUCUCCCCUCUCUGAGAAGCGCCCCCCCACGUCUCCCGUGUCCACGUCUGGGGAUGCCUGCAGGAUCUGCCACUGUGAAGGCGACGGCGAGAGCCCGCUGAUCACCCCCUGCCGCUGCACGGGGAGCCUCCACUUCGUGCACCAGGCCUGCCUGCAGCAGUGGAUCAAGAGCUCGGACACGCGCUGCUGCGAGCUCUGCAAGUACGAGUUCAUCAUGGAGACGAAGCUGAAGCCUCUGCGGAAGUGGGAGAAGCUGCAGAUGACGCCCAGCGAGCGCAGGAAGAUCAUGUGCUCGGUGACGUUCCACGUCAUCGCCAUCACCUGUGUGGUCUGGUCCUUGUACGUCCUCAUUGACCGCACCACCGAGGAGAUCAAGCAGGGCCAGGUCACAGGAAUCCUCGAGUGGCCCUUUUGGACUAAAUUGGUGGUCGUGGCCAUCGGCUUCACCGGGGGACUUCUUUUUAUGUACGUUCAGUGCAAGGUGUACGUGCAAUUGUGGAAGAGACUCAAGGCUUACAACAGGGUGAUUUAUGUUCAGAACUGCCCAGAAACAAGCAAAAAGAGUAUUUUUGAAAAACCUGCACUAACAGAGCCUAGUUUUGACCAGAAAGAUGGACAAGGAACCUGUCACUCCGACACAAACUCUUCUUGUUGCACAGAGCCCGAAGACACUGGAGCAGAAGUCAUUCACGUCUGACUGUGGCCGAGGGGGGCGUCUCUGGGCAUCCCCGAAGAGCAGAAGGAGAUUGUUUACUGCCAAUGUGUACCUUUCCUACGUCCUUUAAUAGCAUAGACUGCUGGGCAGGUGGCCCUUUUCAGUGGCUUCUCUUUUUCGGAACCCUCCUCGAUGACCAUCCUGGGAGAGCCCUCCUGUGGGCCCGGCUGGGUCCCCUCUGCUGGGCUGCUCUGUGGGAAGGGAAGCUCAAGACCCCACGUAGCCAUCCUGGGUACCUGGCUGAGUUCAGUGGGGUCCGGAGCAGAGUGAGGGGGGCACGUGGCAACCCCGACGGCAGAGCCGGGGCACUGUGCCAGUCCCCAGGCAUAGCCGGCCCCUCUGGCAUUGGGUGUGCUGAACCUUGGAAGGAGGGCCCUGCUCCCACAGGAGAGCCAGGGGUGGGGGGAGGCACAGCCCCGCCAGACGCAAGCUCCCACUGGGUGCUCUGUGCCUGGUGGGGGGUGGUGUGCUAAGCAGACAGCACUUUACAAAAGAGAAUCUUUAUUUUGUGAUACACGUGUCCAGCGGGAUCAACACGUAAAAGAUAACAUUUAGAAACCUUCCCUGUGCUCCCCUUGUGUUCACUUCAUGUCCUCGGGGACCCACAACCCUUUUUGCCUUACACACGCUAAGACGUGGGGCACCUGCUCCAAGUCCCCGAGAGAGAGAGAGACGUGUUGCUUCACGGCAGGACACACGGGUCAGGCUUUCCCCGGGGGCCCUGCGUGCUAAGCAUUAAGCCCUGUGGCUCUGAGCCUGCUCUCUGAUGAGGGGUCCUCCUCUCCGAAGCCUGCCCCUGUACGUUUCAUUUGUUUCAGUCAACACCGAGAUCUAAGUGGAAGGGCAGAAAGUUAAUUGGAAGAGAAGUGAGUGUUGAGAAAGCGCUCCCUCACGGACACAUCCCCAGGAGGUGCUGGCCACACUGCAUGCGUCCAGCCUGGGCUGUGCGUGGUAGCUGCCCCUAGCACCCGCCUGCCUCCCAGUGUCUAUGUGAGGCGAGUCUGUGGCGUCAUGGCCGAGGGCCCAGGCAGCCUCUGGGAUGAGGGCAGGUGUCACCGCCCCCCAGCCCUAGGCCCACCCGUCCACACCCAUCGCCUUAACUGGACUGAACGUUAGGGGCCUGGGCCCUACCCUCGGUCCGUUCCCUCAGCAGGGAUUACCUCGCGUACUGUUUUUCAUGAAGCAACAAAACCAAAAGCAUUCCAUCAAAUGGCCUUCGUCCCUUGGAAAACUGGGCUUAAAAUUCUGUUUUAAAACCAGUCUCAUGGUGCCAGGCCAAGCAGUCAGCCCUAGGAGAGACCGGGACACUGUGGGGCUGGGGGCAGCCGCCGGCAUCUGCAGCACCUCCCAGGGUGCGGGGUGAGGGCCUGGGGGUCCCCCCAUCCCCUGCCCCAUGUGCUAUUAGAGGAAACCCAAAAAGCUUCCGAAGGCCAGGAGGAGGCGGAAGAGUGUCCGCGCUCUGGGCCAGGGCUUGUGGACCAGGCCUUGUCCUGCUGUCCCCUCCCCCAGCGUCUGGUCUGCCAUCCAGCAGCAGCUGACUGCCCCUCCCUGUCUCCCAGGUGACAUGGAGCCCACGCCCGUGUCCACUGUGCCCCCCAAAGUGCGACUUCCCAACGUCCCUUCUCACACUGGGGACCCCAGGCAGCUACAGACAUCGGGUCCAUCGGGAGCCAUUGGGCAGGCUCCCGGCUCAGCCCAGCCCACAGCCCUUAGGAACCAGUUUUGUCCCUUCUCCCCACCACCAAGUGAGGAUCGCAAUGGAUUUAUAAAUAUGUGAAUCCCCAUCCCUACCCCACCCCAACCCCCCAAAAAAAACCGUGGAACAGCUUGCGUUUAACUUGGAAAGCCCUGAGACAACUCUCCAGCAGGGGCACGUGCGCUUGGGUGGGGAGAGCGCCCAGGCAGCAGCCCCCAGCGACGGUGGGCACCCCCUCCAGCCGAGAUGCCUCCAGAGCCACGUUUCACUGCCAGGCCCAGCCAGAGGCUCUCGUGAAAGCCUCUCCCUAUAGCUCAGGAAGACCCAACCCACUUCUUCUCUGCCGUCCGAGUCCAGCGUCCCCUGCUGGCCACCUCCUUGUCUCACCCCUCACCUGACCGCUCCAUGGCGAGGGCCGCUGUGCUGCCCCCUGGUGGCGGCAGCAGGUCUGCCCGUGCUCCUUUGGAUCGCAAACCUCACCCUUGACGUGCCUUUUGAGGGGCUACGCGUCCCCCCCCCCCAUUUUUGCGUGUGGCUUUCAUGGGAGAAUGGCAUUUGGCUGCACCACGUAGAAACCUGGGAUGAGGGCUCAGGGCCAGGAGGACUGGUGCUUGAGGGCUGGGGGUGGCAGGGCAGAGGGGAGCCGUGUCGGCUGUCACCAUCCAACCCUGUCUGACCGAGGCUUCCGACACUGGCUUCUGUGCUCUGGUUCAUUGCCAGACUUCCUUGGAAACCUGUGAGCAUUUGCGCAGAUCUCUGAUGCCCCACCCCGCCCCCCCUUGCUCUUGCUCUACUGUCUCCAGCCAUAGAGGCGUGGUUUCCAGACGCAUGGGUGUGCCCCACCACCACAAGGCAGCUGAGCAGUUCCGGAGCCUGGGUACUGCUGGCAGGUGGGCUGCGGUGCUGGGGGACCCCCCUUGGGAUGGGCGGGCCUGGCUGGCUGCAAACACAUUUUGGAAGCUUUCCCUACCUUGAGCUGGCCUUGACAAUUCCAACUGCAGCCCAGGGAGAUGAGAGCGUUCAUCCGGGUUCGGAUCGUGCGCCUGACCAGUUCCACACGGCCGCACAAUGUUUCUAGAGUGCUGACACAGACCAAAUGUACACUGGGCAUGUGUGGUGUAGUUUCUAAAAUAGGCACUUCACAUUUGAGGUUUUUCUGAACUUUAAACUUCCUAGUAAUCUGAAUGUCUAGUUUUCUAUUCUGUGUGUGUCUGCUGUUUCUCCGCAUCACCUCUUGACUAAUUCUCUGUGCAGGGGCAGGGCUGUGUGUGCAACACACGGAGAUGUACAGCAAUAAAGCUCAUCUUUAA